GCGUCGGCUCAGUUCAUUAUACACGGCUACCCCCCACCCCCCUAGAUUCUCCCUCCGCCGUUAGGGCAUCUCUCUACGUUUUGGACUUGAGGAAAAACAAAAAAAGCCCCGGCGAGAAAAGUUUCACCUCCGGCGGGCACCAUGUUGAUGGUAAACAGGAUCCACUUGGAGCUAAGAAACAAGAAACCGUCUGAAGUCCGAGAACUUCUCCUCGACAACUGCCGAACGGCCGACGGAAACACUGAAGGCCUCACAGAUGAAUUUGUCAAUCUGGUUUCGCUCAGUUUGAUAGAUGUCGGUUUAUCGUCAAUCUCCAACAUACCCAGACUAGAAAAACUCAAAAAGCUGGAGUUGAGCGACAACAAGAUCAGUGGCGGCCUGGAGGUCUUAGCGCAGAAACUACCCAACCUCACGCAUCUAAAUCUGACCGGCAACAAAUUGAAGGAGAUCAGUUCCUUGGAACCGUUGAAAAAGCUGAAACACCUGAAAAGUCUGGACCUGUUCAAAUGCGAAGUGACCUCCAUGAGCGACUACAAGGCUAGCGUCUUCAAACUGCUGCCGCAGCUCACUUACCUGGACGGCUUCGACAAGAACGAGGAGGCGUCCGAUUCCGACGUGGAGGUGGACGGCGACGUCGUGGAUGACGACGAUGACGAAGAGGGCGAGGAUGAGGAAGACGAGGACGGAGAGGACGACGACCUCGACGAGGAAGACGACGACGAAGAAGAUGAGGAAGAGGUCGAGGGAGAAGAGGACGAUGAGGAAGUUAGCGGUGAAGACGAGGAGGAAGACUAUGGACUGGACGGGGAAGUAGAUGAUGAAGAGGAAGACGAGGAGGAAGACGAUGAAGAUACGGGGACCGGUAAAGGCGAGAAGAGAAAGCGAGAAGCGGACGACGAAGACGAGGACGAGGAUGACGAAGAGGACGACUAGAAUUUCCACGACACCCCCCUCCCACCAAGUCAACCGCCAACCCGAACGUCCGACCGGCAACCAUCCCUACGUCUCUCCCCGCGCUCCCCCAGCUCCGAGCUCUUUUUUGGGCCAAGACUUUACUGGAUGGGUGGCUCGUGUGGACCAAGCGCCACCAACACCUCCCAGCAAAACUACUUUUUUUACCUAGCUGCUCCUCCCGUCCCGUCCCCCUGCCGCACCUCCUUCCACAACAGAACUGAGAGCCACCCCUCGCCUUUCAGCAUUCCACAAUUUCACUGUCAAAACCCACAUUUUGAAUCCCGUGUGAGGACUUUGGGACUGGUCUAGUUUUUGGGUCUGUGCUUUUAAUAUUUUGUUGACUGAAAUUUUCCUUUUUUUUUUUUUUUUUUUUUGGCUGGGUUUAUUAUUUCUCUCUUUGUGUCGUUUCCUUUCGCACUCCCUCCCCACACCCCGUCAACCACCACCACCCCAAUAAAGUUAUUGCUAUAGCAGCUGUGCAGCCAGUGAGCCACGCAAUUUUUGUUUUCGGCGUGGCCACCUGUUGCACAAGUUGUGUUCGUAGCGACAUUUUUACUUUCUGUAUGACAAGAAAACAACUUUGUAAAUAAAAUGUUAACAUUU